UAUUUUCUCUAUCUGUUUAGGAUGUAUGAAGAAGGAGGUGGUCAGAUGACUUGCUAUUGCAUAAUUUUUCAAAAUUAAAAGCUUCCUGUGAUGUCAAGGCUACAAAAGGAUUCCACCAUUCCUAGUGUAGCCUCUACAUCACAGGAAGACCAGGGAAGUAGGACACUGAAAGUCACUUUGCUAAGUAGUGAGUGGAGAUCAUCAACUGAUGGGGACUUGUCAACUAUCAACCGAGAGCUAGCCAUCCAGUUAGCUAAACACCCCAGUGUGGAUGUUAGUGUCUUGCUUCCAAAUUGCAGCAGAGAGGACAGGAGCAGUGCUAAAGGUCACAAUGUGAAGCUCAUUGAAGCAGGUGGAGUUCCUGGUGUAGAGCCAGUUCUUUGCCUGUCAUCUCCUCCAAGAAACCAUACGAUGGACUGUGUCAUUGGUCAUGGAGUUCACCUUGGCCGACCAAUUGCACUCAUCAAGAGAAAUCCAAUUUACAGUCAUUGCAAGUGGAUCCAAGUUGUUCAUUCUGCUCCUGAAGAAGAUGGAAUGUACAAAAUCAUUUCAGAAGGUGAAAAAAUGCAAAAAACAGAAAUCCAACUCUGUAAAAUGGCUGAUCAAGUUAUCACUAUUGGACCCAAGCUGGCAGAAGCUUACAGGCGCCACCUUUAUCCAGUUAAACAACAGGAAAAUAUUUUUGACCUUACUCCAAGCAUUUUCUCUGAAUUUUUGGAAGUAGAGCAAGCCACAGAAGAGAGAAGAAAAUUCUGUAUUCUGGUAAUUGGAAGUGGUGACAGCUGUGAAGAUUUCAAUGUCAAAGGGUACGAUAUAGCUGCCAAAGCAAUUGCUGAGUUGAAAGAUGAAUCCUACAAACUCAAAUUUGUCUGCACAGCUGGAGGAAAAGGAGAUAUUGUGGCAGAAAAGUUGCUCCACCAUGGCAUUAAACGUAAUCAGCUUAUUGUUCGCAGCUUUGAUGAUAGCAGAGAAGUGCUGGCAAACUUAUUCUGUGAAGUGGAUCUUGCAAUAAUGCCAUCCAGAACGGAAGGUUUUGGAAUAACAGCUCUGGAGGCGUUAUCUGCUGGUCUGCCUGUACUUGUCAGUGGUAAUUCAGGACUUGGAGAAGCUCUGAGGAAAGUGCCAUUAGGCUCUCAGAGUGUUGUAGACUCUGAAGAUUCUAAAGACUGGGCCAAAGAAAUCAAGUGUGUCCGUCAGAAAGAGAGAGAAGUGCGACUUUCAGAGUCAAGAUUGCUACGUGAAGAGUACUUGAAGAAGUAUAGCUGGGAGGAGCCUUGUAAGAGUCUUGUGAUAAAGAUGAGGAACCUUGUCUUUGGUUCUUCAGAAAUUAGGGCAACUUUAGCAGGGAAGGAUAAGCGAAAAGCAUCCGUCAGUGCAGAUCAGCCUCGCAAGCGACUCAGGGAAGAGUUGACUAAUCAUGACUACUAUGAAGAUAAUGCUAAGCAUUCCUUAAAUAAUCAUGGUCAGGAUCAUUUUCCAGGAGCCACCCCAACACACAGAGAACUUGUCAGUCAGAUAAGUGGUGCUCAGGACCAUGAACUUGCUGUGUUGAGAAGACUACUCAGUGCUGAGUACAACAGACGGUCUCUUUUGAAACCACUCUUUUGGCUGAACACCAUCAAGCUUGCCCUUGACGAUGUCUAUACAAGAUUGUCAAUUGUUUCAAGGAGAAAAGCAGACUUCGUGUUGGAAGGUAAUGAAGUGGGCAUGUUUAACAUCUUCAGAACUCUCAAUAAAGGUGAGGAUGCCAUGGUUCUUGUAGAGGGAAGCCCUGGGAUUGGAAAGACAACUUUUUGCCUCAAAAUCUCUCAUGACUGGGCAAAAGGAACAAUCCCAAAUGAAUCGUCUUUCCCAUUGUUUGAACUUGUGCUGUUGCUGAAAUGUAGAGACUUUCAUGGAGAUGUAAUGGAAGCUAUUGUUAAUCAGCUCCUCCCUGAAGAUAUGGACCAAAAUGCUAAGAAAAAUGUAGUACAUUAUAUCAAGGAUAUUCAUAACCAGGAAAGAAUUUUGAUCAUUUUGGAUGGCCUAGAUGAGCUUCCUAAAACAGCAGAAAGAUCUGUGGACAAGUUACUUCACAGGCGAAUUUUACCAUUUUGCUCUGUCUUGGCUACCUCUCGCCAAGAGAAAGGAAUUGAAGUGCGGCAGAAUGUGGACUUUGAUGUUCUUUUGCAAAUCAAAGGGUUUACAGAAGCAGAUUCGUAUGAUUACAUCAGGAAGCACUUCAGACAUUUGGGUAAAGAUUAUGAACCAAAGGGAGGGCGGCUUAUCAAGGCAAUUCAGGAAAAUUCUUACUUGCACGAACUUCCAAGCAAUCCAUUGAAUCUUCUCCUACUCUGUGUCGUGUUUGAAUGUUAUGAAGGAAAUCUACCAUCUUGUCGCACUGACCUUUAUCAGAUAAUUGUCAUUUGCCUUUUACGGAGAUAUUGUGCAAAGCACAAUCUUAAGGUAACUGCUGGUGCUGCCAAUGGUGCUGCUGAUGAUUCGGAUGUUGUUAGUGACGAAGCUCUAAUGAGGCACUUUGAAGACAGUUUUCUAGUUCUUGGAGAGUUAGCUUGGAGAUGCUUGAAAGAAGGUCGAUUUUCGUUUCGUGAAGAAGAGUUGGUAGAAUUUGAAUCUGCACAUAAGAGUCUUGCAGCUCGCAAACUUGGUCUUGUGUUCAAGGAAGCCAGCUUAAGGAAGAUUAACCCACAGCAUGAGUAUUUCUUCUUUCACAAGACAUUUCAAGAGUAUCUGGCUGCAUUUUAUCUAGCACAUAUGCUAUUGAAACAAAUGGUUGAUUUUUCUGAGUUGAACUUUCACUGGGAUUUGGUAGAGAGGUACAGACAAGUGUUUGUCUUUAUGUCAGGUAUUCUGGGUGGGGAAGCUGGUGUUCUUUUUGAACAGAUUGGUAAGAAGCUAAAGGAUAAAAACUGGGACUGGUGCAAGUGCUCUGAGGAAGAGGCCACUUUCUUUCAUGAAUGUUUCCAUGAGAGUAGAAAUUAUGAACAAGUGGCAAUGGUUCUUUGUUCCUUUAUUCCAUUUCCACAGACCUUAACUAUUGACUUAUCAGAUGAGGAACUAACAACAGAAUGGUUAAUUAUUUUGAAUGCCUGCACAAGUUCUUCGCAGUUACAGCUUCCUGUUCAUCUAGCAAUAAGAAGUGUUUUUGAUGAUGUUCAGGCCAAUGUAAAUAAUGACCUACUAGCUGAUUUCGUGGCAUUCAACACAAGGCUACAAACGCUUUCCUUUUCUGUUAUGUAUAUGACAGAGGAGAUUACAACUCUUUUGUGUAGAGUACUCGGAGUGGACUCAACUGCAUAUUCCUUUACUCUUGAGGUUACUUGUUCCAAUAUUUCCUCAGUAGAAGUUGUUGAAAUCAGUAACAGCUUGGCUGCAAAUAAGACCUUGAUGACCUUAACUUUCCAACUGCCUUGUAAGAUUUUAGAGGAAUAUGUUGCCAUACUUGACAAGGGACUAUCUGCCAAUACGCCACUGACUUCCAUUGUACUCAAGACUUUUGGUCCAUGGACGGAAACUGAAGCAGAACUUUUAAGAAAGAUUUUAUUGAACAGAUCACUUACAUCUCAAAGCCUUGCUGUUGGUGGAAAAAUGCAUGAUUCAUUUGCAACUUCUGUUAGUGAAGGACUUGUGGCAAAUUCUUCUCUAAAGUCCCUUGCACUCAUUUCUUGUGGAAAACUCAGCCACAGUGGUUUGAGUGUGUUAAAAGAAGGCUUUUUAGGAAACAGGUCUUUGGAGUCUCUGCAAUUAAAAGUGUUUGGUGAGCUUCCUACAAAUUGGGCAAAUAUUUGUGGGACUCUACAGUCUGCAAUAAAGUCAACCACAUCCUUUACAGUGUAUCCAGAUACUACUGGCAUGGUUGGAAAUUCACAGGUAGCUUUCCUUUGCCCUGUCCUGAAAGAAAACAUUUCAGCUUCAAAACUACAUUCAGUAACUGUCAACAUUUGGGGAGAGUUAGAUUGCAGAGGAGCAACUGAUCUAUGUAAACUCCUUAUAGCUUCAUCGGCUUCAUGUGUCAAUUUGAAUAUGAACGGAAGAAUAACUGAUAGCGUUGCUGACUGUCUUUUUAGGCAUUUUAACAAACUUGACACCCUGUCUUACUUGAGUAUUGACAUUCGGGGGGAGGUGAUGGGAGACGGAAAGAAAACUCUUCAAAGGCUAUCGAGCAACCAGAUAUAUUUUUUUGCGUUUAAUGUUCAUUCCUUUAAUUCAGGCAACAAGAUUUGCAGAGAGGUUUGUUUAUCUACAGAUGAUUCUUCACCAAUUACACCUGUAUUUGCCAAAGUUAAGGAUGGUUGUGUAACAAAGCUUAAUGUGAGCAUAAACAAUCCUGGCAACAUCAGUGAAGACUGGAAAUGCAACCUCUUUGAGGGUUUGGCAAAAAAUGAGUGUGUAACUACAUUGAACCUUGUAUUCAAUAACAUUUACUUACUUGCAAACAUAGAUGCUUUUAAGAUCAACAAUUACAGUGAAAUGAGAGGAGAUUUGACAGGUGGUCUGGGUGAUGGUUUGGGGAAAAACACGUCAUUGACUACGCUGAGGCUUACAGUCAACAAUUACAGUGAUAUUGGAGGAGAUUUUACAGGUGUUCUGGGUGAUGGUUUGGGGAAAAACACGUCAUUGACUACGCUGAGCCUUACAGUCAACAAUUACAGUUACGUGAUAGGAGAUUUGACAGGUGUUCUGGGUGAUGUUUUGGGGAAAAACACGUCAUUGACUACACUGAGCCUUACAGUCGACAAUUACAGUGGUAUGGGAAGAGAUUUUACAGGUGUUCUGGGUGAUGUCAACAAUUACAGUGGUAUGGAAGGAGAUUUGACAGGUGUUCUGGGUGAUGGUUUGGGGAAAAACACGUCAUUGACUACACUGAGCCUUACAGUCAACAAUUACAGUAAAAUGGGAGAAGGGUGGACACGUGGACUGGGUGAUGGUUUGGGGAAAAACACGUCAUUGACUACGCUGAGCCUUACAGUCAACAAUUACAGUGAUAUUGGAGGAGAUUUUACAGGUGUUCUGGGUGAUGGUUUGGGGAAAAACACGUCAUUGACUACGCUGAGCCUUACAGUCAACAAUUACUGUGAUAUGGGAAGAGAUUUUACAGGUGUUCUGGGUGAUGGUUUGGGGAAAAACACGUCAUUGACUACACUGAGCCUUACAGUCGACAAUUACAGUGAUAUGGAAAGAGAUUUUACAAGUUUUCUGGGUUAUGGUUUGGGGAAAAACACGUCAUUGACUACGCUGAGCCUUACAGUCGUCAUUUACAGUGGUAUGGAAGGAGAUUUGACAGGUGUUCUGGGUGAUGGUUUGGGGAAAAACACGUCAUUGACUACACUGAGCCUUACAGUCAACAAUUACAGUGAUAAGGGAGAAGGGUGGACACAUGGUCUGGGUGAUGGUUUGGGGAAAAACACGUCAUUGACUACGCUGAGCCUUACAGUCAACAAUUACAGUGAAAUGGGAGAAAGGUGGACACAUGGUCUGGGUGAUGGUUUGGGGAAAAACACGUCAUUGACUACGCUGAGCCUUACAGUCAACAAUUACAGUGAAAUGGGAGAAGGGUGGACACAUGUUCUGGGUGAUGGUUUGGGGAAAAACACGUCAUUGACUACGCUGAGCCUUACAUUCAACAAUUACAGUGAAAUGGGAGGAGAGUGGACACGUGAUCUGGCUGAUGGUCUGGCAAAGAACACAUCGGUUGUUACCCUGAACCUUACACUCAGUAACUGGAAUAACUUGUAUGAAGACUGGGUACAUGGACUGGUUGAUGCUUUGGUAACAAACAUGUCAUCAACUGCAAUUAGCCUUGAAGUAAAUAUCUUUGGUGAAGGAAAUGAAAACUGUGAAAGUAUUUUAGUGUAAAGACAUUUGGUAGAUCAGUGGGCCCAUUGAUGGAAAUUUGUAACAAGGAGUCAAGCAUGUCAUCUUUCAAUGAAUUUCGAAGCCUUGUCUUUAUCCACUUCAAAUCGCUUGCGCCUCUUUCUGGCCAGGCAUUAGUCACAGACAGGCUCUGGGCUACAGCAGACAACUUCACCAGGUUUGGAAACAUUACUUUGAGUGAUGAAAUGCUGCAUAUCUUGGUUAGCAACCACUCAGUUGGAGUAUUCCCUGGCUUUGGGAAUCCUGUGCAACGAACUUGAGGUGUUCUCACUCAGACUUAAGGGCUUCAACCUCUACCUAAUCUGUGGCACCAAUGUGGUCUCCAAGUGUGGCUAUAUGGUUCACCCUGUAGCUCUUGAAAUCAGUGGCUUCCUUUGCAGGGAGACAUUGCAAUGAAAGAUUGAAAUGGCUUGAAGAAGUGGCAGGGAAGGGAAUCUUGUUGAUAUGUUCUGUUUCAACCUUGCCAUUUAUGGUGGAAUGCUGAGUGCUUACAUGGGGUAUAAAUAUCCAAAUGUGAUAGAUGUUGGUUGGCAGCCAGUGCUUCAAUUUACAUGACCAAUUUCUGUGGAAGUGAAAGAGACUUUUUCUUCACUGCAGUGACAAAGGACUUUUUAAAUGCUGAUGCCAAUUGUCCAGAUUAUGUUAUUACAGCUUCUGAAAUGAUUGAGAUGCUGAAAACUCAAGGUGUAGAAGAUCCCUCACAUGUUAGGCUGGAUUUGCAAUUCUUUCACAACCCUAGCCAUGGGUGAUUAUCCUUACCCAACAGACUUUCUGGCUCCACUUCCUGGGCAUCCUGUGAACUAGGCAUGUAAAAUAAUAGCAAGUGCAUCAUCCAAGGUUGAAGGUCUGGUUGAGGUCACAGCUUUAGUCUACAAUGGCACUAAUGGUGCACUGACUUGUCUGGAUCCAGAUACAGAGUACAUUGAAUGUGCAGACCCCACUGGGUGUGGCCUGGGUCCAGACAGCCUUGCAUGGGAC